CGAGGCGUCAACGAGGGUUAACAGUCAAAGCUUUGCGUGUUGUCGGGCGGUGAACAGUGUCGCUCCGGAUCCUGGCUUCAUCGUCUCGUCACUGCUGAAAGCGAACCAAGCCGGACGUCAACUAUAAUCUCACGUAACAGAGUUCGUUCUACUCCCAUUCAACACUACGAGGACAUCAUGAAACGCAAUGCAGGCGCCUGGCUGGCGCCACUCCUGCUGCUGGCCACGCUGGGAGGCGCCUGUGUGCCCACUGACCUGGACAUGAAGCUGCUGAGGGAGGUGACGUCGGGUCCGGUGGCCAACCACGUGAUCUCACCGUUCCUGAUGUCGCUGCUGAUGUCGCAGGUCUGGCUGGGCGCCAGAGGUGCCACUAGAGCCGAGAUGACGCCUGUGCUGGGAAUGUCCGGCCCAAAGGACACAUCGUUCCUCCAUGGCUACCGCUCGGCCUUGGCGGUCCUGUCUGGAGCCAGCAAUGGCGUCACGACGUCAGUGUACAACAGGAUCUACCGCAAGCACAGCUUCAGUGUGCGCCGCACCUUCAGCGACCUUUUAGCGCGCUACUAUGGAGCCGGGGUGGAGGUGCUACCAAGAGACGCCGGGAAGGCCGCUGAGGUCAUCAACAACCAGGCGUCGGUGGCAACGCGCGGACACAUCAAGGACCUGGUGACAAGUGCCGACGUCAGCAACGCCGUACUGGUGCUCUUCAGCGCCGUGUAUUUCAAGGGCACCUGGCUUUAUCGCUUUGACAAGGGCGGACAGAAGCCGUUUUUGACACCGCGCGCGAUCGGCCGACAAACAUGA